GUGCAGUUCUCACUCAUCUACUUCUGUGUAAUGGAAGACACUGAGCAGCUGUUGGCGGGGAGGUCAGACAGCAGGAGGCUAAACGGCCACUGCAGAUGGAGCACCCGCACCCUGGAGUCAAAGAUGGUGGAGGACUUCAGACGGAGGCUCAAGUACUUCUUCAUGAACCCUUGUGAGAAAUACAAAGCAAGGGGUCGGAAGCCAUGGAAAAUGAUGUUACAAAUAUUAAAAAUUGCGAUCAUCACAGUCCAGUUAGUCUCCUUUGGACUGAGCAACGAAAUGAUGGUCACCUUUAAGGAACAAAACCUCAUGACAUUUAGACACCUGUUUCUAAAAGGAUACAAGGAUCAUCAUCUGGGAAGCUACGCACUGUACACCAAAGCAGAUGUGUAUGAUCACAUGUACUACAUUAUCAACAGGUACAUAAAUCUCCAAAACCUGACAGUGGGUAAUCUUGCAUACGAGAGGACUGAUGGAAAGUACACUCCUCUGUCUGUGUGUCAAGAGUUUUACAGAAACGGCAGCAUCGAUCCCGGAAAUGAGACCUUUCACAUCGACCCACAUAUUGAUAAAGAUUGUGUUUCCAUUUUCCCCGUGCAGUCGGUCGACAACAGCAGCGUGGCGACACUUGUGAACUUCUCCUUAGAUUUCAAAAGGCUGCUAUCAGUGAGCAUCUACCUAACUCUGAAAACCAUCAAUCUGCAGACUGUGCGCAACCAUGAGCUGCCAGACUGCUAUGACUUCCAUAUCAUGAUCAUGUUUGACAAUCGAGCACACAGUGGAAGGAUAAAGGUUGAUGUUGAAAAUGAUGUCAGAAUUUAUGAAUGCAGAGACUGGAAUGUGGAAGGAACUUCUGACAAGAACGAUUACCUCCUAAUGUCGUUUGAUUCUGUGGUCAUCCUCGCCUGCCUCACCUCUCUCAUCCUCUGCUUGCGGUCUGUCAUCAAUGGCAUCCAGCUGCAGUUUGAGUUCAACAUAUUCUUCCACGCCUACUUCAAGAAAAUUGUGAGUUGGUCAGACCGCAUGGAGUUUGUGAAUGGCUGGUACAUCCUUAUCAUCAUCAGCGACACACUGACCAUCGCUGGGUCUGUGCUCAAAAUUGGAAUACAAACAAAGUACCUGACAAACUAUGAUGUCUGCAGUAUCCUGCUGGGAACAGCCACAAUGCUCGUCUGGGUCGGUGUGAUCCGUUACCUUGGAUUCUUCAAGAAAUAUAAUAUCUUAAUCUUGACCCUCAGAGGGGCAUUUCCAAAUGUGAUUAGAUUCUGCUGUUGUGCUGCCAUGAUCUACCUUGGGUACUGUUUCUGUGGUUGGAUUGUCCUUGGGCCUUACCAUGACAAGUUCCGAACACUUGACAAAGUGACAGAGUGCCUCUUCUCUCUUAUCAACGGGGACGACAUGUACGCCACCUUCCUGAACAUGAGAGAUAAGAGCUACAUGGUGUGGCUCUUCAGCCGACUUUACCUCUACUCCUUCAUCUCCCUCUUCAUCUACAUGGUGCUCAGCCUCUUCAUCGCUCUUAUAACGGACACAUAUGAGACCAUCAAGCAUAACCAGCAGGACAUGGCGCCAGUGUCCCAGCUUCAGGCCUUCAUAGCAGAGUGCAGGGACCAGCCUGAGUCUGGAAGAUACCAGACUGAUGAAGAGCCAGCUUCCUGCUGCCUCUCUCCAUGCUGCUGCCUUGGAUGAAGUUAGAAAAAUGUGGAUUUUUCUAAAGGGCUGGCAUAUCAAGUGUGACUGAAUAAAGCCACAAACAGUCCAUACUGUAUUAAGAAAAAGACAAAUUAAGAUAUUGAUAUUUAAAUAGAUUUUAAAAUAUAUUGCUCUGCAGUAGGACUUUUCACUCAGGUUUCUGAACACUACUGACUUGAAAUGCAUAACUUCCUCAUUUUAAGACCUUGCACAUUUCUCUUUUUUUUUCAGGUGUAAAAAACUUUUAGAUAUAAUUUCAAUAUCAAUAUGCACAAACAACA